ACUACCUCCCACAUUAAAAAAAAAAAACAAAACAACCUCUUAUUUUUACACUGAUUUCCCUAACUUGCCAGACUGGAGUCAAACUUCUCACCGUUCUGUCUCAUCGUGCUGACAAGUAGACAACACCACAGGCUACCCGAAGUAAACAGAGUUGGUCACAUCUUUCCCAGACCCCAAUAUUGGCAGGAUGGACCCUCUGAACCUCAGGGAAGUUUGGAACCCAGAGAACAUCCCCCCAUGUAGUAUAUCUGUGAGCAGCAUGAAAUGCUAAGGAACUUCCCGUUUCUGUUACCUCAUUGGCUCUGGCUUCAUUGUCCCCCCCCCCCCCUUCAAUAGAGUCUUUGUCAACAGGCAGAGGAGAACCUGAGUCACUGCACAGGAAGCCAGGAGCCUGCCACAGGGAAGGGACUGCCUUCAUUGGAGGUAUUGGCAGGAUGGAAGGCAACUUCUCAAUCCCUCUAAACAGAACUGAAGAGAUGUCUUAUGAAUCAGCUGGCUAUGCUGUGCUGCGGAUACUCCCACUGGUGGUACUCGCCAUCACCUUUGUCCUUGGUGUGCUGGGCAAUGGGCUGGUGAUCUGGGUGGCUGGAUUCCGGAUGGCACACACAGUCACCACCAUCUGUUACCUGAACCUGGCCUUAGCUGACUUCUCCUUCACUGCCACCCUCCCUUUCCAAAUUGUCUCCCUGGCCAUGGGAGAAAAAUGGCCAUUUGGCUGGUUCCUCUGCAAGCUGAUUCACAUCGUUGUGGACAUAAACCUGUUUGGAAGUGUCUUCCUGAUCGCCCUCAUUGCUCUGGACCGCUGUAUUUGUGUCUUGCAUCCAGUGUGGGCCCAGAACCACCGCACUGUGAGUCUGGCGAAGAAGGUGAUCCUUGGGCCCUGGGUUCUUGCCCUAGUCCUUACCUUGCCAGUUUUCAUCUUCCUGACCACAGCUAGUGGUCCAAAUGGAAAUGUAUACUGCACCUUCUCCUUUGCAUCCUGGGGAGACACUGUUGAGAAGAGGUGGAAGGUGGCCUUCACCAUGUUAACAGCUAGAGGGAUCAUCCGGUUCCUUAUUGGGUUCAGCAUGCCCAUGUCCAUGGUCGCCAUCUGCUAUGGGCUCAUUGCAGCCAAAAUUCACAGAAAAGGCAUGAUGAAUUCCAGCCGCCCCUUUCGUGUCCUCACUGCUGUGGUGGCUUCCUUCUUCAUCUGUUGGUUCCCCUUCCAGCUGGUUGCACUUUUAAGAACAAUAUGGUUCAGAGAGUUGUGGUUAGAGGGUAAAUACAAGAUUCUUAACAUUCUUCUCAACCCAGUAAAGUCCCUAGCCUUCUUCAACAGCUGCCUCAACCCAGUGCUGUAUGUGUUUGUGGGUCAGGACUUCCGACAGAGACUGAUCCACUCUCUGCCUGCCAGUCUGGAGAGGGCUCUGAGUGAGGACCCAGCCCAGCCCAGUGACACAGCCUCCAGUUCUGCUGCACCUAGUGCAGAAGGGGAGUUAACAACAAUGGGGGGAGGAGCUCAGCUUCAGUCCUAGUCCUACCCUGAAGCUUCCUUCAGCUUUAACUCGCCUUGAGUCUUGUGACUUAAUGGAUACAAUUUACCUCGCUUGAUUUGCUUAGAAUGACUGUGACUGUGGUUAUUCAAAUAUGAUUCUGUUGUUUUAUUUUCCUGUAGUGUCUUGAUGUACUACUAAAUUUAUAAGUCUUUUCAAAGGAAUGGGAACUCCUUGAAUCUAUCUUCCGAUAUUGUAUCUUUCUUAAAUGAUUAGGAAAAUUUACUGGUGAAGCCAAUGGUAUCCUGAUUUCUUUUUGUGAGAAGACUUUUAAUAGUAGGUUCAAUUUCUUAAAUGGAAUGUUCAGGUUUCUUUUAUCCUUUUUAAAUUAUUCUUUUAUAAUUUUUAAGGAUUUUAGUAAGCUCAUCCAAACCAUCAAUCUUAUUUAUAUGAAAAGGAUAAUGAUGUACAGGGCUUGAUAUGGUUUCUUUCAGAUGAUGAAAUAUAAACUCUUUGUAGGCAGAGAUUUCAUUCAGUAUCAUUCACUGAUAGAUAUUCUUCCCCUGUGUGGGAAAUAGUGACUGCUAUGUAUGUUGACUUAAUGAAUCAAUGUGUUUAUUGAAUUAAGGAAUCAACGAACAAUUGUCUUAUUUAAGUACCAAUCAAAAUCUCUUAUCUGUACUUAAACAGGUCUCCAACCCUUGCAGCAUGAACAAGGCCAUGUCCAGUAAGCUCCUGUUCUGUGUACAGUAUUUAUAAACUCCCUUCUCAUGAACACCUGUGGUUUUGAGUUUCUGCUCCAAAUAAAAGACUCUGGCUAAGUGUUCUCUGAUGGCUCUGUUUUAGUAUAAAUCCACACAUAGAAAUGCUCGGGCCAUUUCCUUUUUUUCUGCAAAUAGCUACUCACAGAUGAACCUUCAUUUUGUCAUACACUUUCCUGAGG